AUUGGACAGAUUCUUGUACCAAAAAAUAUGAUAUCUGCUUAAUUAUUGUAUUAAUUUCUAUUUAUUAAUGUUUAAUUAUUCUUUGAAGUUGGAAAAAAUAUGCUUUCAGAUUGGAAUCUUUAAUUAAACAAUUCCUAACUUUGUUUAAAAAACGAAGCAUGACUUAUUAAUUUUUAAAUUUCGCGGUAUUACUCACCAAUCAGGUAUCAAGAUAUCAAAAAUCAACCAUUCAGGAGUCACAUCCGACCACGUGACACGUGUGUUAUGCUCGUUAUGCUGUAACAGUAAAGCAAAAAAUAAACAUGUCAAUUUGCACAUUUCUUCUGUUAUCUUGACCGAAAAGGCAUAGAAGCAACAUAAAGCUAAUGCACAACCCAACUUCUACGUGAAAGACCAAUAAGGAACUAAAAAUCAUAAAAAGGAAUAGCAAAAACCGUUCCCUCUAAAAAUUUAUACACUCGAUCUCAGAUGUCCCGAAGAAAAAUUUCAAAAUGGUAGAUUACAAACAAUUCCACCGUUUUGAUCCUAUGAGUGCACUGAUAGAGGAAACAGUGAACACUUUAUUUAACAAAUCCUUCUCUUUCAAAAAUAGCGAACCUUAUUUUCUACCAAACCCCGAAUCAAUCUUCUUGGAAAAUUCAUGGCACAUAGAAGAAUUAUACCAGAUAAAAACAGAGUUAAAUAACAUUAAAUCAAAACUGAACGAUUACUGCCUUAUUCAGUGGAACGAACACACCAGAAAGAGAAAUAAAGCAGGUUCUGUUCAAUGGUAUAUUCACCAAAAAAUUGAACCAGAAUUCAUGACUCAAGCAUGGUGCAAAUUCUACGAAAUCGUUUCUUCAUUUCCUCUCAUACCUCAGGUUGCAAUAUCCGAGGAAUCGUUCACAUCUGUUCAUUUGUGCGAAGCACCAGGUGCUUUUGUGACUUCCUUAAAUCAUUGGUUAAAAAGCCAGGUUCCAACAGUGAACUGGGAUUGGAUUGCCACCUCCUUGAAUCCGUAUUACGAGGGAAAUACAACUGAACGAAUGAUAACAGAUGAUAGGUUUAUUAUGCACACCCUAGAACACUGGAAUUUCGGUCCAUACAACACUGGAAAUGUAAUGGAUUUGGAGAACCUGGAUUUUAUAAUAGAAGAUUGUAAAACAAGGAAUAACGUUUGUCUAGUAACUGCAGAUGGAAGUGUGGAUUGUUCAGAUGAUCCUGGUGAGCAAGAGAGGAUCGUGGCUCAUCUUCAUUUCUGCGAAACAGUCACUGCUUUAUCCAUUUUAUCAGAAGGUGGCAGUUUUCUUUUGAAGAUGUUCACAGUUUUUGAGCAGACUUCAGUGUCUCUUCUUUAUUUGUUAGCUGCUUGCUUCGACUCGAUUCAUAUGUUCAAACCUGCUACGAGCAAAGAAGGAAACUCGGAGGUUUACGUGAUAUGUCUAGGAUUCAAAGGAACGGUUUUUGUAGAACCGUAUUUGCCUGUUUUGAGAGAAUAUUUCAAAAGUUUUUCGCUGAAAGCCAUGUUUCGUAGACAGGAUAUUCCAGAUUGUUUUGUUAAUCAGGUUCUAGCGUGUGCACAGUUUUUCAAAAAUCAUCAGUGCCAGGUGAUUCUGGAUAAUAUAAAAACAUUUAGCAAUGAUAAGAAUAUCAAAGAUUUUAAUCUGUUGAAAUUAAAACAAGCCGUUUCCGAAAGAUUUAUCGAGGCUUAUGAGCUAAAGAAAUUGGAGAGUGAAGAUUUGGGAAUUGUAGGAAGGACGAAACUUUCUGCUUGUAAUAAUAUCACUUCUGUUACGAAAAGUCCGCUGGAAUCUUAUAGUGAGAGGCAAAUUAAAAGUAGUUUGGAUCCCAGAAGUCGAUUGUUGAUUUUGUUGGAGGAAUUACAAAAUAUUGAGACGGUUGAUAAAAAUUACUCUUUUCAACAAUUUUUCAACAGUCCUAUUAAAUUAUGGAUCACCAUGGGUAAACCAUAUCGGAGAAUUCAGAGCUCGAAAUUCGCAACGAUAAAAAUUCUCAGAACUCAAAACCGAAUUUUCGAAAUUAUGGAUACUAUGAAUCUAUCUGUAGAUUUUCCUACAAAAGAAAAUGUCGUUAAGUACCUUGAAAGUAAAAACUUGUCUGAGAUGCCAAAUAUAAGAUUUUUACAAUUUCAACAUACAAGUGAGCAAAAUAAUUACGAACUGAUUCACAAAGUUCAUGAAACUUUAAAAAAUUGUGUGGAAGGAGACGAUAUUAUACUGAUUGGCUACAGUUUACUCUCGCAACUGAAUGUUGGACUCUUAAAUCUUUCGGCUCGUUUUUUUGUGAGCCUAAUUUUCCAGCCUGAUAGUAAAGUCGGAUAUGUUGUCAUUUUGAAAUAUUACAUUUCCGAUUCGGAGAAAGAGAGUUUUGAAAAACUUAUUGAAAUUGCGGAAACUGCAAAGUCCAAAAAUGUGAUGGUUUUGUCAGUAUUUUCUAUGUUGGAUUUAUGUGAAACAGACUGGAUCAAAAAGCUCAUCAAUAUUAAUAUUUGGAACAUUAAAUGGCGUGCAAAGAGUACUGCAGAAGCAAUUGAAAAAAAUAAUAAGCAGGAAGAGAAUUUUCAAUGAUUUUAAUAUUUAAUUUAUUGUGACAUAGUUUUCAGUGAUUUUUAAUAAUUACGGAUAUUAGACAAGUAUUCUAAUUUAUCUAGUCGCUAUAUUUUUAUUAAUGCCGUAUAUGACAAUUAUAACUU